AUGAACGUAUUUGUCUGCACAGUUUUACUAGCUUUACUGCAAGCCAAUCUAGGAGUUCAUUCAUUGUCGGAUACACAGAAUGCUCAAAGCACGCAGCCGGCGGUUGCUCAAGUGCCCCUACAAUCAUCAUCAAUUCCCAGUCCACCUGCGAAAGGCGACACUGGAAACUCAAAAGAAGGAGGCAAAGUUAAAUCAGUCAGUGUAGCAAUGCAAACACCCCCGAAAUUUCACAAACCGAAAACUUCAGAUGACAAAUCAUUAGCGUUUUAUAAAACAAUAGUCAAAAUUAUGGAACGAUUAUCGGAAGCCUUUCACAAAAUAUACAGAGAUGUGGAGAAAUUCAAGAGAAAACUCAAACCGAAUAGAAUCUGA